AUGAAGCACGAGCAAGUUGUUCCAGACUACGUCAUGAUGCUUGAAAGUUCGAUAACCGUUCUUGCAUUAGUCGCAUGUGGUUGGCUUCUCUUCAAAUUGGUUUCUGCAUGUUUCUGGUUUCCACAGUACAUGAAGAACCUCGAAGUGGAAGCUGAGAAAGCUCAAGCUCAUUUGGAAAAUAAACUUCUUCCUAAAGACGCUCCAACAUCACAGGAAUCCGAAAUAAAAGAAUCACCAACAGAUUCUGAAAUAUUGCAAAGAAAUUCAACCAACGUUGAAGAAAAAAUGCUUCAAGACGAAACUGUAAAGGAAAAAUCUACUGACGAGAAGAAGAAAGACAAAUGAAUGGCAU